CAGCAUACGCCAGCUAUGUUUGGGUUCAGUGUAACACAUUAACGUUACGUCUUUAACUGAACAUGCGUUGAUGCUGUGUAGUACUGCUUCACUGUACAUGGGACAUGUGUUUUUGUUCUUCAUUGUUCUUGGUGCUUCUGCUCGCUGUUGGACAUGAAGGUCUGCAUGUGCAAGGCCCCUCUGGUCCUCUAGUGGCCCAGUUAGGAGACUCCAUCCUGCUGCCGUGCUUCACUCAGGUCCCCCUGCCUCUGGAGGGGCUGCGGGUGGAAUGGAGAAAGACAGACGCAGAAUCUCUGGUGAACAUCUUCCAGCACGGAGGAAGCAGGCCAGAACUUCAGAGUCAGUCUUUUAGCGGAAGGGCGCACUUUUUCCCAGAUGAGAUAUCGAAAGGGAAUUUCUCCAUCUUACUCAGAAAUGUGGAAAGAAAGGAUGCUGGAAUUUACCGGUGCAAAGUGAGUUUGCACAGAGAGUCCAGUGAAACUGAAAUGGAAAUUAAAGAUAUUGAGCGUCUAGUGGUGACAGGAGCAGAUCGUGCCGUGGUUGCCUCUGUGGGUGAGGAGGUCAUACUGAACUGCUCUGUAGACUCUCAUCUACCAGCCAACAAAAUAGAACAAGUGUCCUGGAGAAGGACGGACGGAGACAUCCCGGUCCUGCUCUUUCAAGACAACGAGACCUUCCCGGAGUCUUCACAUGAGCGUUAUCAGGGAAGAACUGAGUUCUUCAUCACGGAAAUUCCCAAAGGAAACUUCUCACUAAAGCUGAGGAAUGUUAAGAUGGAGGACAAAGGGGAAUUCAUGUGUGAAGUCCACACUAGUGACAAGUCAGGAUACGCCAUUGUGGUUCUGCAAAGAAUCGGUUUCUCUGUGUCCCAUGUUUUGGUGCUGGUGUUGUGCAUUGCUACAUUACUGCUUGCAGUGGGAUUGUGUAUUCCUGUUUUCAUCCAGAUAGGAAAGAAAGUUUCUAGUGAAAAGGCCAUGCAAAUUCACACUUCUCUGAUCCUCUGUCCAAACAUUUGUAUGUGUGCUGCCUUCAUCUUGUGGUCAACAGAAGGGUUUCUCACCGAGGUUGUCACUUGUUCAACUAUCAGCAUCAUACGUCCUCUUCUGUUAAUAAAGACCCAUCCACAUCUCAGUAGACUUCCAGACCGCUUGGAAAAAGCAGUGAAGUUCAUGGCUGUUCCAGUGUAUCAUUCAGUUUUAGCUACAGCUGUAUGCGCAGGUACUUUUGAAGAGGUUAGACGGACAGGGACAGAAUUUGGACAUAUUGCAACAAUGAUGGUGGUGUUAGGAGUGGUGAUUUUCACUGGUGCUGUUAUUUUAGCAAGUUACAACUUCAAAAUGCAGGCAGCCAUGUGCUUGGAAGCAGGGAACUGUGCAUUGUUGUGUCUUUUUCUCAGACAAAAUAAAGAAGGCUUUGACACCAGCUUCCAGAUACCCACCGUACUGCCAUCUAUAGGCUUGGGAGUAAUGAUGGUCCUCGUUCUACAGGAGUAUGGUUUCCAGGGAAAACCCCUCAAGUGUCUCCAUAUUGCUCUGUUAACAGUGAUGGUGGUGGUGUUCAGCACGGGUGGAACGACGGCUUGCAUUUUCUUCAUUACCGCCUUGAGAAUUACCUUCAAAGUGUGGAUCCCUUCGUUUGCUUCAGUGCUGCAUUUAAUUGCAUGGACAGCCUUGAUUUUUGCACUGUGUAGAUACAGACGUCAUAGACAAGGAUGUUGCUCUCAGUAUCAAGGAAAAGGAUAUCUGUGUUGUGCCAUCGUUGUUCCUAUUCUGCUCAUAAUAUAUGGUGCUCUGAGCCUUCAUUAUCUGAGCAAGUACAUGGAAAAUCAUAAAGAUUGUGCUGGAUUCAUGGCUUUGAUUGCACUGUUCCAUAUUUUGGCAGCAACAACCUUCUUAAAACAUCCAAAUAUUUUACCUUAUUUUUCUCACAUGAUGGUUUACAUGUUUGGAGCUGUGGGUCUCACUGUCAUCAAUUCUGUUAGUCUUGCCACAGAACUGAUCCUGAAAGCAGGAAAAGGAUCACGAACUACAGAAGAUCUCCGCGUGAUUGUCUUAUCAUUUGAAAUUAUCUUUGUCUCUGGGUGGCUUGGUUUGGAAAUGUAUGGUGUCUGGAUGAAGACUAGAGACAGAAUAAAACUAAUCUUUGAAGAUCAGAGGGAGACAGAAACUCAGGGCAGAAUUGAGCAACAUUCCUGGACAGAAGAGCACAGACUACAGCACUCCAAAGGUGGACUUACGCUCAUGGGUGAUGCUGAUGACUCUCCCCAUGAUAUCAAAAAUAUCACUGCGCACAUGUAAUAAUGCCAGCUAGAGUGGGGAGUCAGUCCUGGAAAGGGUGUGGCUUUCAUUCAAAUCAAGCAGGAACCAGUGAUUAACCAAUGAGACCAGUUGAUUAAACAAGUGGAAUUGGAGGUGGUAUCUCAGUGAAUGCACGGCAUCCAACCCUUCAGGCAGCCAUACAUCACCUUUACCAGUAUAAUCAAACAAACAUGUUUGAUGGGUGGGAUAAUGGUUGGAAAUGUGGGCUUCUUUGCUUAAUUUACCCUCAGCAGGAAAAUCAGCCUUGUUUCUUAGCAUGGAUUUACAAACGGAGGUUAUCAAGCACAUGAGACCCGCAGAGGUUAGACAUUACUGUAGGCUUCAGGUCCUCAUGUUAGUGGAAGCUCCCAUAGAAGAACAGCGGUGCCUCAUUUCACUUCCACCUGCAGGUAAAAAUGAAUGUAAAUGACUCCCUUUGUUGACCCAAGCAGGAGAGGAAUUUACAUGGGGGAUAGGGCCCUUCUUUCCUGACCCCUCCUUCCUGAGUUGUUCCUCUCUACAGAUCAUUUUAAAUCACAAAAUACUAUGCACUGAAAGAACUUAAUUCUAGAUACAAAUCAAUUUAUUUUUAAGUUUUGAAAGGUUGUUUUUCCUUAUUAAAAUUUCGUGGUCAACUGCCUACCAUCAGGUGAGCCCUCAGUACAAGGAAGUGUGUCACUGUUGGCAGAAAUCCAGUAAAUAUCUACUUCGCAUAGGUAAACUUAAAACUAAGGCCUUUACCACUCAGUAGUAUAAACAUUUACAGCUGUUACCAGAUUGUAUCAACUUGCAGUCACAUCAUGUACUUCAAUCAUGUGGCUGUUGUCUCUCCUAAUGCACAUAGACAGAUCUGGGGCAGUGGUCAGCACCCUUUUAAAAAUAAGAUUGUCUUUUGAAAGCUGAACAAAUGAAAGGCCUACCAGCAUAAAUGUCAGAAAAACUGUUCAUGCACAUAUAGCCUCCGAUUAUGGAAAGUGUACAGCUGGUGAAAAAUGUACUGAUUACAUAUUUGUUUUCAGUCACUGAAUAAGGUUACUGUGUCUCCUCCCCAUGUGAAUGUGUAUUUGUGUGUGCGUGCUUUCGUGGCUAACACGAAAAUAAAUUUCAGUAUGUUUUUCUCCCUUUCCUAGUGAUCUGGUAAAUACAACUUUUGUGCCUUUAGCAAAGCUUUCAUCUAUUUAACUUUAUACAAUCUGAUUGAAUUUCUCUGAGGAUAAGUGUCCCUGACAGUCAGAUGCAUUGUUGAGCGAUGGUGCUCUAAGUUAGCUCUUCUGGGCAAAACCACACUCUGUGGACAUAAUUUUGUCCCUAAACGUGGUGAAUAAGACCUCCUUCUCCCACUCCAGGUGAAAAAUCAUAUCCCUCUUGUCCAAGCAGUCAGUUAUAGCUUGCCCAUCAGACUGAAAGUGGACCUAGACACCCUGAAGAGAGACUCCCUGCAGAGAGAUUCCCUUCAGUGGGCAUCAAGCUUCCUCAGUCCAGUAGGCAAAUAAACUGAGAUAUUGAAGCAUAUUCAAGGGUGUCAUUCAUACUCUUCUACGCAGAAAUUCACUCAGAGCACAAACACAGAGCAGAGACUGAUCAUCUUCGUCCUGUUGCCUACUUCAAGCAGGACAAAUACGGUAGCUUUUGACCCAAUGCUGUCCUGGUAUUAUAGAUAGAAGAUCCAUAAAUAUUGGUAGAGUCAGAUAGAACUCUGUGUACACGUUUUAUCCUAACGUAGAACUAUUUGUGUAGUAGUAAAAGCACAAAAAAAACGACCUGAAUCCACCAGCAAAUGAAACGCCAUUUUCAUCUUUCCAUGUCGCGACAAUGGAGAUGUGCACAAUAUGAACGUAGUUUCCCUAAAAUUAUAAAAAUUACAAAUAUAUUCAUAAUCAUAAACAAAAGAGGGAAAGUAAGUCACAAUAAGAGCUCUUUAGUCCAGGAUUUAACUUGGCUAAAUAUUAAGUUCAGUUGUUAUGAGUCAAAACAGUGCAACUAUACCACAUGACAUGCAUUGCAAGACGGACACAGUGCUAAGCAGCUUACUCUGGAGAGACCUAAGGGUUUGUCCCAGUGCAGACCUGAGAGAGCAUAUGGAGGCCCCACCUGCCAUUCUAGCUGUGAAUAUUGAUGGUCCUGCAGAAAUGUCCUAUCAGGCGAAAAACAAAAAUUCACCAUGUGGACAAUUUGCAUUAUGCAUGAUAGCCAAUCAACUUGAAUCAUCUGAACUUUGUAGCUGUCAUUAUUCAAAUGGUUCCUGUACUGUUUUAUGACCUAUACAAUGGCCAAUCAUUAUGUAUAGUAUGCAGUGUUCCCAGAUUCAUCAUAUUUCCCAUAACAGUGACAUUCUGUAUUUAUGAAUCUUAUUUGCUCAUCUGUUAUAUUUCCAUAGUCUUGACAAGCUGACCUUAUGGACUAUGGAACGAUCCUUCCUCACACUGGCACAACCUUUAGAGGUUAUGCUUGUAACUGUAUAAGGUCUUAGUUGUAGACUUCUAAAACUGUCUCCAGUUAUGCCUUUAACUGCAUAAGGUCCUUGGUGUAGACUUCCAAGAUUGUCUCCAGUGCAGUUUCAUGGUGUCUUGCGAAAUAAGAACCUGAUCUCCAGUCCUAGCUCAGCAUGCUCUGGAAAACUUGCACUUCCAUUCACUGACUUUGGCAUCAGUCUCAAAAUCAGUUCCCAUGGGAGAUAGCAUUGUUGACUUCUGGUAGGUGUGGUUGCUGAUAGGAGAGGAGAUAGGGGUUGUACCUGGUGAAGGUCUACAUAUAAAAAUAUAGCUGACCACAAAUCCACCCUGUUGCAAACUUUUUCAUCGUAUGUUUGUGUAUUAAAAAUGAAUCCUUUCUUAGAGGUUGAUAUACUCACAGUUUUUUAAAGAUACAAACCUGUUUGGCUGUGUUGAUGCCAUAGACCACAGCAGAUAGCGGUAGGUCCUAGUCACGUACUUCCUCAGGAAACGCUUGUUCUUGUUCAUCUUGUGCAUAUCAAUUUGUGAGUAACUACUGUAGCAAUAAUAGAUCAAUAAUAGAGAGGACACAAACAGAGAACAAGUUACCUGGCUAAUGGUCUGGGGAUGUACACACUGGACACAGCAUGCUUAAUAUUUUAAAUAAUGUCACUGAACUGUGUCAUUAUGCUGUCACUGAGUUAUGGAUUCAUUCAGAUGUGGACAAAUGAUUAACAGUAAUAUUUUCAAUUUUGGUGCAGACAAAAUGUAUGUAAAGCAGACAGUAAGGAACAAAAAAACAGCCCUUGUUUAAAGUUUCAAAGUUUAAUAAAAUGUUUACCUCAGUGACAAA